AUGUCUCUGCUAACAGAUUCAUGUACUUUCGAGGUGGUGCCAAAUGCUUGCAAAAUAUGUGAAGAAAACUACGAAAUGAUGGGUUCAAUCAUAUGCCCCGAAACCGAUACCAAUAUGUUGGAAAAAAUCUUCAAAAGCACGAACGUUCGUGUACAACCACGCAAAGGUAUCAUCACCCCCGUGUGCGAAUACUGUCGAAGCCGGAUCGAUGAGUAUGACGAGCAUUUUAAGCCUUAUGUGAAAGAAUAUUACCUCGAGACUGGUGACAACGAGACUGUAUUGGGAGAUAAGUUGAAUGAAACGAUCGAUCCAUUGGCGGAUGAGUCUGGAAAUCCAGCGGAUUGCAGCAGUAAUACCCCAGUCGAAAACGAUGGUCGCGAAAGUGAUACUCGUUGCGAAGGUGAAGAUGAAACUAUAAACAAUGAUUCCGACUAUGAAAGUUAUGCUCGGCGGGAAAGUGCUCCCACGGUCGAAGCAAUCAGCACCAGCUGGAGUAAAUUAGCAGUUUUAAGAAAACCCUCCGAAUGCGCCAUCUGCGGCAAGCAGAUAAAAUCGAUGACCGAUCAUAUGAAAAUUCAUCGAACCGACAAACAGUACAAAUGCACGUUCUGUGAUAAAUCUUUCGCACAAAGCAACAACCUAACUUACCACAUCCGGCAGCAUACGGGCGAAAAACCGUACGGUUGUGAAAAGUGUGACAAAACAUUCAUCAACCGUUCGCACCUUCUAUCACAUUUGAAAUAUCAUAACGAUGAGAAGAUGUUUCAGUGUGAAAUUUGUUGUAAACGGUUCAAUCAUGUGGGUAACUUAAAUAAGCAUCGGCGGGUACACUCGGGCGAGAAACCGUAUCGUUGCGAGUUUUGUGAUAGGACGUUUAAUAAUAUUUCGAACAAAAAGAUGCACGAAAAGCGGCACAGCGGUGAGCGGAAUUUUGUGUGUGAGGUUUGCUCGAAAGCGUUCCACGAUAAUCAUCAUCUCGAGCGUCAUCAAGCGGUACAUCGGAAGUGUUGA